ACGGUGGUGCGCCCGCGCUCAGUUUUCCCCACGUCUUCCAUCGUGUAGUGUACCGGUCGUCGUGCCUGGUGGCGGUGGUGGUGGUAGUGGUGGUGGUGUUGGUGGUGGUGAUGGUGGUGUUGGUGUUGGUGUUGGUGUUGUAGUACAGUGGGUGCUCUCGUACUGUGUCCAGGAGGUAGCGAGCGUCCGCGACAUAGCGCCACGAGGGAGGUAUUGUUGGGUGAGAUACACACGCGCGUCGCGCGCGUGCGAGGGUGCGAGAAGGGUGGAAGCGAAGCUGCUCGGGCGAAGAGGGUGCGUUGCGCUCUGCGUAAAUCAACGGAAGUGGUGCCGGGCCGAGAGGCCGGCGUGAUCGAGUGGUCCUCAGAGGCUAGAAACGAGGAGGGGAGAAAGGGUGAAUUUUUUCUCGCACGAGUGGCGAAGCACCGCGGCAGCAGGGAGCGGAGCCGCGCGCGAGUGCGAGUGCGAGUGUACGCGCGGAUAUGACGAGCGGAUACGCCCGGCGGUUCACAUAAUACGCAACGCAAUCGUCGUGCUCCGCCGCCGAGGAAGAUAUGUGGUCACGGAAGGAGCUUCAUAGCAGCCCAGUGCCGUAGCAUGCCGGCGAGCUGCAGCGCGUGGUGGUGCGUCUCUGAGACACCGCGUCGAUCGGCGUCGAUCGCCGCCAUCUGCGUGGCUAGGCACCAAUCCCUGGAGCGUCGUCGUAGGAGAAAAAGAAGAACGUGUGAUCGUCGUCGUAGCACAGGAAGCACGGAGCUCGACACCAGCGACCGAUGAGCGCGGGGGGGGAUGGGGGCUCGGUCUUGGGCCCACCUGCUCGGCUGCCGGGGGCCCAGCCGAUUGCCGCGACCCCCUACAUCGCAAUCCCCCCCAACGCCGGCCAGCAACUUAACGUCGGUGGUGCGAUGGAUGCGACGCAAUUGGCGAACAUGCAGCCGCCGCCAUCGCAGACGGGCCCCGGGGCCGCCAGCGCUGUCUCCAAAUCGGCCCAGAAGAAGCCCGUCAGACGGGGGGCUAAACCGCCACCUGAUAGACCCGUUCGGGCGCUCUUCUGUCUGACCCUCACGAAUCCUGUUAGGAAGCUGUGCAUCAAGGUCGUCGAGUGGAAAGCCUUCGAAUAUCUCAUCCUUAUGACGAUAUUUGCAAACUGCGUCGCUUUGGCCGUUUAUACGCCGUAUCCUUGUAGCGAUUCUAAUCUGACCAACCAAUACUUGGAGAAGAUAGAGUACGUUUUUCUUGUGAUUUUUACGGUGGAGUGCGUGAUGAAGAUCAUAGCUUACGGCUUCGUCGCGCAUCCAGGAGCUUACCUCCGUAAUGGCUGGAACUUGCUGGAUUUCACGAUAGUCGUGAUCGGAAUGGUAAGCACGGUGUUGACGAUACUUAUGAAGGAGGGUUUCGAUGUCAAGGCCUUAAGGGCGUUUCGUGUUUUACGUCCUCUUAGGCUGGUUUCCGGUGUUCCAAGUCUUCAGGUGGUCCUAAACUCCAUUUUGAGGGCGAUGGUACCACUUUUGCACAUUGCUUUAUUAGUUCUCUUCGUCAUCAUCAUUUACGCUAUCAUCGGCCUCGAGCUGUUCUCCGGGAAAAUGCACAAAACGUGCCGGCACAACAUUACCGACGAGAUAAUGGACGAUCCGGUACCAUGCGGCUCCGGAGGAUUCCAGUGCUAUCAGACUGGAGCUUACUACUGCAGCAAACAAUUUUGGGAGGGCCCUAAUUACGGCAUCACAAAUUUCGACAAUUUCGGACUGUCCAUGCUCACGGUCUUCCAAUGCAUCACCCUCGAAGGCUGGACGGAUGUGCUUUACAAUAUCGAGGAUGCGAUGGGAAGUUCGUGGCAAUGGAUAUAUUUCAUUUCAAUGGUCAUCUUAGGGGCUUUCUUCGUGAUGAAUCUAAUUCUCGGUGUGUUGUCCGGUGAAUUUUCUAAGGAGAGAGAGAAGGCAAAGGCGCGUGGCGACUUUCACAAACUCAGGGAGAAACAGCAGAUCGAGGACGAUCUUAGGGGUUACCUCGAUUGGAUAACGCAAGCUGAGGACAUCGAGCCAGAGACCGACGAGCCAAAAAUGUUACAAGAUGGAAAAACUAAGCAACAAAAUGAAAUAGAAAGCACGGACCAAUUGGAGGGUGACGAGGAAGGGAUCCAACAAGAGUCCAUUUACAAAAAGAAAAAACGAGAUUUAGAAAGAGUGAACAGGCGGAUGCGAAGAGCCUGUAGAAAGGCUGUGAAGUCCCAGGUCUUCUAUUGGCUCAUCAUAGUUCUAGUCUUCUUGAAUACCGGUGUUCUCGCCACGGAGCACUACGAUCAGCCGGAAUGGUUGGACCACUUUCAAGAAAUCACGAACAUGUUUUUCAUCGUGCUGUUCUCCAUGGAGAUGAUAUUAAAAAUGUACAGUUUAGGCUUUCAGGGUUAUUUCGUCUCGUUGUUCAAUCGUUUCGAUUGCUUCGUUGUAAUCGGUUCGAUCACCGAAAUGAUACUUACAAAUACACGUGUAAUGCCGCCUCUUGGCGUUUCCGUACUUCGUUGCGUCCGGCUGCUCAGGGUAUUCAAAGUAACGAAAUAUUGGAGAUCACUGUCGAAUUUAGUGGCCUCUUUAUUGAACUCGAUACAAUCGAUUGCCUCGCUGUUGCUCCUGCUUUUCCUUUUCAUCGUGAUCUUCGCUCUUCUGGGCAUGCAGGUCUUCGGUGGAAAGUUCAAUUUCAGUGACAUGGAGGAAAAGACGCGUCAUAAUUUUGAUAGCUUUUGGCAGAGUUUACUCACCGUAUUUCAGAUAUUAACCGGUGAGGAUUGGAACGCUGUGAUGUACGUCGGGAUUCUAGCUUAUGGCGGUGUCGCCAGUAUCGGCGUACUCGCCUGUGUUUAUUUCAUUAUUCUCUUCAUAUGCGGUAAUUAUAUCCUCUUGAACGUGUUCUUGGCUAUCGCCGUCGACAAUCUCGCUGAUGCCGAGUCCCUGACUGCCAUCGAAAAGGAGGCCGAGGAGGAAGAGAAAAAUAAAUCUCGCAGCGGCUCGCCGGCAAGGGACGAAGUCAGCGGCGAAGCUGGUGAUGAUGGUGGUGAGGGGACCGGUGGAGAAGACGAGGGCGCCGGCACAGAUCUCGAACACGAUCCUAACGAGACAAUGGAGGACUACGAGGCUGCACUCGAUACCGAAACGUCAGAGAAAAGUGAAGAUAUGAAUACGCAUAAAGUGCGACUCAACGUUGAGUCCGACGAAGAAGUGGAAGAAGAGGAAGAAGAGGAAGACGAGCCAGAAGAAAUGCAAGAUGAGGAACCGGAAGUGACAGCUAGACCACGAAGAAUGUCCGAGUAUAAUACGACCACCAAAAAGGAACCAAUCCCGGCUGGUUCGGCAUUCUUUAUUUUUUCAAGCACCAAUAGGUUUCGUGUGUUCUGCCAUUGGUUCUGCAAUCAUAGUUACUUCAGCAACGUGAUACUGAUUUGCAUUAUGAUUUCCUCUGCCAUGUUGGCCGCCGAAGACCCAUUGAGAACCACGUCUGAUAGAAAUCUGAUAUUGAACUACUUUGACUACUUCUUCACUGCUGUUUUCACGAUCGAAAUCUGCCUCAAAAUGAUCUCAUACGGCUUCAUUAUCCAUGAAGGCGCGUUUUGCCGAUCGGCUUUCAAUCUGCUCGAUCUUCUCGUCGUUUGCGCUUCUCUCGUUUCUAUGACAGUCAAAGCUGGCGCAUUCUCUUUCAUCAAAGUGCUCCGAGUGCUCCGUGUACUGAGGCCGCUACGUGCUAUCAAUCGCGCUAAGGGAUUAAAGCACGUAGUACAGUGCGUCAUCGUAGCGGUAAAGACUAUCGGAAACAUAGUCCUCGUCACCAGCCUCCUGCAGUUCGUGUUCGCCGUCAUUGGCGUACAGCUCUUCAAGGGCAAGUUUUUCUAUUGUACCGAUGCAUCGAAAAUGACGGAGGACGAGUGUCAGGGUACUUAUUUGGAAUUCGAAAACAGUAAUAUUAACAGGCCGAUCGUAAAAUAUAGAGAGUGGCAACAACAUCGUUUUCAUUUCGAUAACGUUGCCAAGGCGAUGUUGACCCUUUUUACGGUCUCAACUUUCGAAGGUUGGCCAUCACUCUUAGAGUGGUCAAUCGACUCGAACCAAGAAAAACAUGGACCAAUUCAUAACUUUCGGCCAAUAGUGGCCGCCUACUACAUCAUCUACAUCAUUAUUAUCGCAUUCUUCAUGGUGAACAUCUUCGUCGGUUUCGUUAUUGUCACCUUCCAGAACGAGGGCGAGCAAGAAUACAAAAACUGCGAGCUCGAUAAAAAUCAGAGAAAUUGCAUCGAGUUCGCGCUGAAAGCUAAGCCAGUGCGCCGAUAUAUACCAAAGCAUCGAAUACAGUACAAAGUCUGGUGGUUCGUCACCUCCCAACCGUUCGAGUACACAAUAUUCACGUUAAUUAUGAUCAACACUGUGACGCUCGCGAUGAAAUUUUAUCGACAACCGCAGAUCUACACGGAUGUCCUGGAUGUUCUCAAUAUGAUCUUCACCGCUGUGUUCGCCCUUGAGUUUGUGUUUAAGUUGGCCGCAUUUCGAUUUAAGAAUUACUUCGGCGACGCGUGGAACGUAUUUGACUUUGUUAUCGUGCUCGGAAGUUUCAUCGAUAUCGUUUAUUCGGAAGUUAACCCUGGAGCCACCAUCAUUUCCAUUAAUUUCUUUAGACUGUUUCGUGUAAUGAGACUGGUCAAGUUAUUGAGCAGAGGGGAGGGCAUCCGAACACUUUUAUGGACGUUUAUCAAGUCUUUUCAGGCCCUGCCCUAUGUCGCCCUUCUCAUUAUAAUGCUCUUUUUCAUUUACGCUGUGAUAGGCAUGCAAGUCUUCGGAAAGAUCGCGAUAGACGAUGAUACGGCAAUAAAUCGCAAUAACAAUUUCCAGUCCUUUCCGCAAGCUGUAUUGGUUUUGUUUAGAUCGGCAACAGGUGAGGCGUGGCAAGAAAUAAUGAUGGAUUGUUCGUCGCAAGAUAGUGUCAAAUGUGAUUCUAACAGCGACGAACUCGACAAGAACAGCUGCGGAUCGGACAUUGCAUUUCCUUACUUCAUAUCCUUCUAUGUUCUCUGUUCAUUUCUCAUUAUCAACCUCUUCGUCGCCGUUAUUAUGGACAAUUUCGAUUACUUAACGAGAGACUGGUCAAUUCUCGGGCCGCACCACUUGGACGAGUUUAUUCGACUGUGGUCCGAGUAUGAUCCUGACGCUAAGGGUCGAAUUAAACAUCUCGACGUGGUAACGUUACUAAGGAAAAUAUCGCCACCCUUAGGUUUUGGAAAGUUGUGUCCCCAUAGGGUAGCUUGCAAGAGACUCGUCUCAAUGAACAUGCCGUUGAACAGUGACGGCACUGUAUUGUUCAAUGCGACUUUAUUUGCCGUCGUGAGGACUUCACUAAGGAUAAAGACGGAGGGCAACAUUGACGACGCAAAUGCCGAACUCAGGGCGGUGAUUAAGAAGAUCUGGAAGAGGACUAGUCCAAAGCUUCUAGAUCAAGUUGUACCACCACCUGGAGUGGACGACGAGGUGACGGUCGGCAAAUUUUAUGCCACCUUCCUCAUCCAAGACUAUUUCCGUCGAUUCAAGAAACGUAAGGAACAGGAAAUGAAGGACGGUGAUAGAGAUUGUCACAACACCGUGACCCUUCAGGCUGGGUUGAGAACGUUACAUGAAGCUGGCCCCGAAUUAAAACGCGCGAUUUCCGGUAAUUUGGAAGAACUCCUCGACGACAAUCCGGAACCUAUGCACAGGAGAAACCACUCGCUCUUUGGCAGCGUGUGGUCCAGCAUGCGAAAAGGACACCACUUUCAUAGAACGAAAUCGCUGAAAGUUAAUUCUACCGCUGCGAAGGCUUCUCCGACCAAUUCCAUAGAUUUUCUACCGUAUGCCUCGUUACGGAGGACCGCCGUCACGGACGUCACCAGACAAAUCGCUCAGCAAAUUGUGCCAAAUAUAGCAGGUGGUCUAAGCGACGGCGCGAUGAAUCAGAUCGGAUCUGAUUUGCGACUGGCAGUCGAAGAGAAUAUACCUCUAAGACCGCUCGCUGUUUUCGGUAAUCCGGCGCAACAAACGUCUUACAAAGUGGUCGAUGGAUCGAGUAGCGGUAACUAUCUCCAUCCCAAUAGCGAAUAUGUUUCCUGGGCCAGAGAGAGUAAUGGAAGCGUCGGCGCAGAGCGCCUGUCCCACAGUAUGCCCGGCAGUCCUGCUGAUCGAAAGCCGAACUUUGAGGUCAUUGGAAGCGCGGAGAGCCUCGUUGGACGGGUCUUGGUGGAACAAGGUUUGGGCAAAUUCUGUGAUCCGGAUUUCGUACGGUACACGUCGCGUGAGAUGCAAGAGGCGUUGGACAUGACGCGUGAGGAGAUGGAUCAGGCAGCUCACCAACUGCUCCUGCAGGAGCGACGUGGUCAGCCGUUAACCUAUCAGUUACAGCAGGGCGCGGAGCAGCAACAGCUGCAGCCGUGGAGCACUCAGCAACAGACCACGACCGGCAUCGGUUACCAACCGUUACAGGAACAGCCACCGAGUCAGCCGGUCUAUCGCCAGCUGCACUCUUCCAGCUACCGUCGCAAUAGUAACCGACAACAACAGCAACAGCGACAAUCACCGUCCUAGCAGGACGAGAAGCUCACUGCGACGCGAACAUCGUCCACGUAACCCGAAAAUUUCUACUCCCCCUCAUUAGGAGUAGUCACCGAAAGACCAAGAUCGCCAGUUAACAUGAAGUAACUGCGAAGAAUCAUCGCGACUUCCUCGUCAGGAUCUGAAUCGAUCGCGUGAGUUCGAUGGAUUCAGACUGCACGGGGUUUAAUCGCCGUUGUUGUUGUUGCUCGAAAAGCAAUGAGGACGCUUUAUAAACUGUUCUGAAUAUAUAUAGUUGUAGUUAGGUGCGGAGAGAUGCCACUCGACAAAACGCUGAUUUAGUCUAGGAAAAAGCGGGCCAAAAUCAAUGACGAAGGGCGAUCGCUCGAUGUCGAGAUGUCCAUCCCGUGAUACGCCAAUGAACGCGUAUUUUCGUUCGAGCAAAUAUUUUCUAACCGAACGCGCGUGUUCAUCCAACAUUUUUGAUUCAUGCGAAUCGCUCGCUAACUUGACACGAUAUCUCGGGCGAGAUGCGUGCGAGUUAUGAUAGAGCAAAGCAAAUUGCUGUUCGUUUAGGCACAAGGAUAUAUAGACUUUUAAGAUGUAUUUUCAACCGCCGCGACGGUUGAUCGGAAUGAUCUAAGGAAUCAUCGCGGCGCGGAGCUUCAUUAUUUGAAUGUCGAACGAUCGCGAGAUAAAAAUCGACGGAACAUCCCGGGACCUGGACUCCCGACGGGAUUGGGUUUAUUUCUCUAGUAACAAUCCUGUAGAAAUUUGCCGUUGUUUCCAUUUAACGUUAAUCUCCGUUUUUGGUUCGAUUCUUUAUCAAGGGAGAAACGACGAUAAUGCCGCGUGUACUCCACAUACAGAAAAUAGACGAAUUAAAAUGAAAGUAAUUGGAAAUUUUGUUCUACGAAAUUUCUCAUCGACUUGAGUGAUUA